UGGGUCACAAGUGUGUUUGACCCACGUAACCUGCUAUGGAUUGUGUCAGGUGGGCUGGGUCAAACCCGACCCACUGGACAUCUCUACUUUCAACCCAACCACAUCGUCUUUCUCCUCGCCUCCUCCUCGGCCUCCGCCUCAGUCUCCACCGUAGCUCCACCACCAUUUCAACCACAAAACACGCCUUCUUUCUCUUCUCCUCCGCCUUCGUCCUCAUUUGGUUAAUUUUGUUGUUGCCUGAUUUUGAUUUCUCUUAUUUUCGCGCUAUUAAAGGAAUGAAGCUAAUUGAGGGUGAAUUCUCGUAUAAUUUGCCUUUAUUUUUAUGGGGUUUUAUCUGUUUGGGGCGGCUAUAUUAGCCCUGGUUUUCGUGAAAUGUUAUUUCUGGUCGAAUCAAAAUGGGGGUUUGAAGUUUGAACAUGGCUAGAACCAAGGAUUGGUUUAGAAGCAGAGGAGAAGAUGGAUUACGCUGUACUGCUUUGUAUGGGGACGGAAAAAGGGAGGGAAGUGGGUCUCACGUGGGAAGUCAACGCCGGAAAGUGGAGUCAACCUUGGGAUUCUGGCCAAUGGUGGCCUUUGACAAAAGAAAAAUAUACUAAGUUCGAUCUCGCUCUUUUAAAAUAUACCAAAACUUUUACAAUGUUGUUUUGAAUUGGAUGCAAGUGUAAAAAGGCUAUGUAUGGACACACUAUCUGAAAUUGAGCUGAAACUAUAACUCUAUAAGGUGGUAUAAGGCAUGGGAUAAUUUCAUACUAUUAUGGGCAAUUUACUCUUCAUUCUUUACACCAAUGGAGUUUGGUUUCUUCCGAGGACUUCCUGAGAACUUGUUCGUCUUAGACAUUGUUGGACAAAUUGCUUUCCUUGUCGACAUUGUGCUUCAAUUCUUUGUUGGAUACCGAGAUAAACAGACUUACCGUAUGGUCUAUCAACGUCCAUCUAUCGCCUUCAGGUACUUGAAAUCAACUUUUGUGGUAGAUUUGUUGGCUUGUUUGCCAUGGGAUCUUAUUUAUAAGGCAUCUCAUCAUAGGGAAGCAGUUAGAUACUUGCUAUGGAUCAGAUUGUGCAGGGCAAGGAAGAUACAUUUUUUCCUCCAGAAAAUGGAGAAGGAUAUCAGAAUCAACUACCUUUUUACCAGGAUUGUGAAACUUCUUACUGUCGAACUCUACUGCACACAUACAGCAGCUUGCAUAUUUUAUUAUUUAGCCACUACAAUUCCUGAACGCGAAGAAGGUUACACAUGGAUUGGUAGUUUAAAGUUGGGAGACUAUAGUUAUUCCCACUUCAGGGAAAUUGAUCUUUGGAGGAGGUAUACCACAUCUCUAUAUUUUGCCAUCGUCACUAUGGCUACUGUAGGUUAUGGUGAUAUACAUGCUGUGAAUAUGAGGGAAAUGAUAUUCAUUAUGAUCUAUGUCUCUUUUGAUAUGAUUUUGGGUGCUUAUCUGAUUGGUAAUAUGACAGCAUUGAUAGUUAAAGGUUCUAAGACUGAAAGAUUCAGGGAUAAAAUGACAGAAGUAAUGAAAUAUAUGAACAGAAAUAGGCUUAACAGGGACCUCAGGAAUCAGAUCAAAGGUCAUUUGCGUUUACAAUAUGAAAGUAGCUAUACUGAGGCUGCUGUUCUCAAGGACAUUCCCAUAUCUCUCCGAGCUAAGAUUUCCCAAACAUUGUACAUGCCGUACAUAGAAAAAGCUCCUCUUUUUAAAGGAUGUUCUCCAGAGUUCAUCAAUCAGAUUGUUAUUAGAGUUCAUGAAGAAUUUUUUCUCCCAGGUGAAGUAAUUUUGGAGCAAGGAAACGUAGUAGAUCAACUUUAUUUCAUAUGUCAUGGAUUGCUGGAGGAGGUUGGCAUAGGGCAAGAUGGAUCAGAACAGACGAUAUCACUUCUUGAACCUAACAACACAUUUGGACAAAUUUCCAUAUUUUGCAAUGUUCCUCAGCCUAGUAUAGUCAGAGUUCUAGAACUUUGCCGGCUUCUGCGGAUUGACAAAGAGUCAUUGAGUAAUAUUAUUGAUAUUUACUUCUAUGACGGUAAAAAAAUAUAUGACAAUCUCCUUGAGGGAAAUAAUAAUGGAAAAUACAACUUGAAGCAAGUUGAAUCUGAUAUUGCAUCUCAUAUAGCAAAGCAAGAAUCAGAACUUGCUCUGAAAGUAAACAAUGCUGCACACCAUGGUGAUCUUUAUCAACUAAAGAGUUUGCUUAAUGCUGGAGCUGAUCUAAAGAAGACAGAUUACAAUGGAAGAUCUCCACUGCAUAUAGCUGCAGCAGGAGGAUGCGAAGAUAUUGUCCGAUUCCUUAUUGAAGAAGGAACCGAUGUGAACAAGACAGAUAAUUUUGGUAAUACACCAUUAUUAGAAGCUGUCAAAAAUGGACAUGACAAGGUUGCUGCGUUGUUAUACAAAGAGAAGGCGAGAAUUGAUGUAAAAGAUGUUGGUUCUUUUCUUUGUACGGUUGUUCUAAGUGGGGAUGUGGAUUUUUUGAAAAGAAUUCUGACAAAUGGAAUGGAUCCAAACUCCAAAGAUUAUGAUCAUAGAACUCCACUACAUGUUGCUUGUUCUCAAGGGUUAUAUUUGAUGGCCAAAUUGCUGGUAGAGGCUGGAGCUUAUAUUACAUUGAAAGACAGAUGGGGCAACACACCAUUAGAUGAAGCAUGGAUGUGUGGAAACAAGAAUUUGAUAAAGCUAUUAGAAACUGCAAAAGCUGCUCAACUGUCUCAAUCCUCUGGCCAUAUUGAAGAAAUGCUUGAUAAAAAGCUGAAUAAGAAAUGUACAGUGUUUCCGUUCCACCCAUGGGGAACGAAAGAGAACCGAAAACCAGGGAUUGUUUUAUGGGUAACGCGUACAAUAGAUGAGUUGAUUAAGUUGGCAUCAGAAAAGUUGAAGUUUCCUACAGAAGGUUCUUGUAUUUUAUCUGAAGAUGGUGGUAAAAUACUUGAUGUUGAUAUGAUUGAGAAUGGUCAGAAAUUGUAUAUGAUAAGUGAAACAGAAUAGGCUGCAUGUGUUCUAAGUUCUAACACCCUCUUCUUCAUGUAUAAUUCAUUAGCAGUUAUACAUAAAUCAUUCAUUUCAAUGUAAAGGCUCUAUAAAAAAAUGGCAUUUUGAA